AUGUCGACUUCAACACUUGGGCACUCUCUUACUUUAACGAUACCUUUUCCUUCUUCAAGACUUGCAAAUAUAGCAGAACGUGCACUUAAUGUUGAUAAAGAGCUUAAAGGUGAUCAAGUUAAACGUAUUAUAACAACUGAUGAUGAUAAAUUAAUUGUCUCAUUUGAUUGUGCAAGUGUUAAAAUGCUUAGAGUAUCAGUUAAUUCUUUAUUUGAUAUGAUAAUAAUGAUUACUAAAACCAUGGAUGCUUUUGAUGGAUUAGAAUAA